AUGAUUGCGACUAUAAACGGAUACACAAAGAUCAACGGAAAAGGCCAUCCAACUGAAGUCCGCAUUCCGGACAUGUUUGGUUCCAUAAUGUCUCCGACGCCUGUGGUGAACCCUCACCACUUCAAGGUCAAGGCCGCAGCCGACGCCUUCAUAGCUGAUUAUCUCAAGAUGGACCAGCACGAAGCGGCCAAGAACAGAAAGGCCGACUUCUGUUUCUGCGCCUCGGCCAUGGCUCCUCAUGCGGAUGCAGAAGCACUCAGGACCAUGGUUGACUGGCUGAACUGGAUCUUUUACUUUGACGAUGACUUUGACGAGGGUCAGCUUGACCAAGACCCAGUAGACGCAGAGAAAGAGAUCAGACACACACUAGCUGUACUGGAAGAUGGCGCUGAGAUUCCUGAUAGAGAGCAAUAUCCCUUGCGAUAUUUGUUCCGUACCAUCUGGGAUCGAGUUAAGAGUAUCUGUACGCAGAGAGCUUAUCCUGAUGUUCAAACGCAGUUCAAGAUCACACACAAGCGAUACUUGGACGGUCUAUUACAUCAGGUCGAGGCGACACGGGAUGGCAACGGUCAGCCUCGGACGGAAGAGGACUACAUCAGAAUGCGAAGAAGGACUGUUGGUGGAGAUCCAUGCAUCAGUCUCAUCGCCUAUGCCCACAACGUAAACUUGUCGCAGCAGGCAUUUGAGCACCCCUCUGUUCAGGAAUGCAUAGCUGUAGGCUGCGAUCUCGCUUGGAUGGAAGUGACACACUCUCCCUCCACGGGAUCUCUGCUAAUGCAUAGCAGCCACGACGAUAUCGUUUCAUACAAGAAAGAUGUCAAGCCAGGUAUUGAGCACAACUUUGUCACAGUCCUGAAGAAGAACGGUUUCACCACUCAACAAGCCAUGGACAGAGCUGGUGAACUCCAGGAUGAGUGCUACCGUCGUUCGUAUCUCGCCCUAGCUAGUAUGCCAAUCUGGGGCGAGUCCAUCGAUCGUGAGGUGUUGAGAUAUAUCGAGGCAUGCCACAGCUUUCCUCUCGGGGACUUGCUUUGGAGCUUCCAGACAGGGCGAUAUUUGGGAGCCACAGAGGGAUACAAGUUGCAUGAGACGAGGGUUUUGGACCUGUCAGACUUGGAGCCUAUCGCUGUGUGA